GAUACCCGACCCGGUUAGUAAAAACCAUGCCAGGCGAGCUUUAUCCGAUUGGAUGGAAAAAGAAAUGAAAAGCAGUUUACACGUUACUACCAUUCUGCAAUUUCAUCUUCCAUUCUUCUUCUUCUUCUUCUUCUUCUUCUUCGUGCAUUUGCAUUGUUCAUCUCUCUUAAAAGUUCAAACCCUAAUAACUCAAUAAACCCUUUCGGUAUCACAUGUUCAUUCACCCUCUUAUGAAUUUGCGAUAACGACAUGAACAUUCUCUCCUAUCCCAACAACAAUUCCUAUCACAUUCACACCCACCAACGCCACAAAACACUUCGUUCCAAUCGUAACAGAACGCAUCAUCUUCUUCGCAGGCCAUUCACAGUACUCUGCGAAUCCUCGUCCAGCUCCCAUGAUUUCGUUAAGCGAGUCUUGGAAGAAAAUCCUAGCCAAGUUCCACCCAAGUAUCUGAUUGGUGAAAAGUUAUAUACUUCGCAACAAAAAGAGAAUUUAGCUAAAAAAUCAAAUGACGGUAUUUUUUAUGUGUUGAAGAAAAAGCUGAGCUUGAAGAAUUCUCAGAGGAAGAAAGAGAGUGAGGUUUUAGGAGAGAGAGAAGAUUCUGUGGUUUUGAAUGAUUUGCUUAAAGAGUAUAAAGGGAAACUCUAUGUGCCGGAGCAAAUUUUUGGUACACCGUUGUCUGAAGAAGAAGAGUUCAAUGAGAAUUUGAAAACUUUACCGAAAAUGAGUGUUGAGGAUUUUGCUAAAGCGUUGAGUAAAGAUAAGAUUAAGUCGGUUACUUCAAAGGAAGAUUAUGGAAUUGGUUAUAGGAGUUACAUUGUGGAAUUGAAGGAAAUUCCUGGUGAUAAGAGAUUGCAAGCUACAAAAUGGGUUCUUAGGGUGGAUAAUAGUGAAGCUCAAGCAAUUUUGGAGGAAUAUUAUGGGCCACGAUAUGAGAUAGCGAGCGCGCGUACUAUGGUUUCUUGGGUGGGAAAAAUAGCAGAGUACCCUCAUCCAGUUGCAUCUUCCAUAUCUAGUAGAGUGGUGGCCGAGCUUGGAGCGGUGACAGUAGUACUGGGUUUAGCUGCAGUUCUAGUUGGUGGCUUCCUUUCAGCAGCAGCUUUUGUUGCUACCAGUUUUAUAUUUGUGACAGCUGUAUAUGUAGCAUGGCCUAUAUCCAAACCAAUUCUCAAUUUUUUUCUUGGAGUUGCUGUAUCAAUGCUGGAGAGGGUUUGGGAUAAUGUUCUUGACUUUUUCAUAGAUGGUGCUUUUUUGUCUAAGAUUUAUGAGCUUUUCACUGCUGGUGGUGUAGCUUCCAGCGUUCAGAUAUUGAGAAUAGUAAUGCCUGUAGUUGUGGGUAUGAUCCUUCUUGUUCGCUUCACUCUAUCAAGAAAACCCAAGAACUUUAGGAAGUGGGAUCUAUGGCAGGGAAUGAACUUCUCAUUAUCAAAAGCCGAAGCUCGUGUUGAUGGUUCAACUGGAAUAAAGUUUUCUGACGUGGCUGGAAUUGAUGGGGCUGUGGAGGAACUUCAAGAGUUGGUGAGGUACCUAAAAAAUCCCGAGCUAUUUGAUAAAAUGGGGAUCAAACCCCCUCACGGUGUUCUUCUUGAGGGCCCUCCUGGAUGUGGCAAGACCUUGGUAGCCAAGGCUAUAGCUGGUGAAGCUGGUGUUCCAUUUUACCAAAUGGCUGGAUCAGAAUUUGUGGAAUUUUUAGUUGGUGUUGGUUCUGCACGUAUUAGGGAUUUGUUUAAAAGAGCCAAGGUAAACAAACCAUCAGUUGUUUUUAUAGAUGAAAUCGAUGCAUUGGCAACUAGGCGUCAAGGUACAUUCAAGGAGUCAACAGAUAACCUGUACAACGCAGCCACCCAGGAAAGAGAAACUACAUUGAACCAAUUGUUGAUAGAGCUUGAUGGUUUUGAUACUGGAAAGGGCAUCAUAUUUCUAGCUGCCACAAAUCGAAGAGAUUUGUUAGAUCCUGCACUUCUUCGUCCAGGUCGCCUUGAUAGAAAGAUCAAGAUUCUCCCUCCUAGUGCUAAAGGAAGACUUGAUAUUUUGAAUAUUCAUGCUAGCAAAGUAAAAAUGUCAGAUUCUGUUGAUUUGUCCAGCUAUGCACAGAACCUACCUGGAUGGUCUGGAGCAAGAUUGGCACAAUUGAUCCAAGAGGCUGCUCUUGUGGCUGUCAGGAAGCGACAUAACUCAAUUGUUCAGUCACAUAUGGAUGAAGCAGUUGACAGACUUACAGUGGGACCUAAAUGUAUUGGAGUAGAAUUAGGUUAUCAAGGACAGUGUCGUCGAGCUACCACUGAAGUGGGAGUUGCAUUAACUUCUCAUCUGCUCCGGCGAUAUGAGAAUGCCAAAGUUGAAUACUGCGAACGCAUCUCAAUAGUACCUCGUGGUCAGACGUUAUGUCAAUUGGUAUUCCAUCGGCUUGAUGAUGAAUCAUAUAUGUUUGAACGCCGUCCUCAAUUGUUGCAUCGUCUUCAGGUUUUGCUUGGAGGUAGAGCUGCUGAGGAGGUCAUCUAUGGACGUGACACAUCAAAAGCCUCAAUCGAAUACCUUGCACAUGCAUCCUGGCUUGCUCGCAAAAUAUUAACCAUUUGGAAUUUGGAAGAUCCAAUGGUCAUACAUGGAGAACCAUCUCCUUGGAGGAAGGCUGUUAAAUUUGUUGGACCAAGGCUGGAUUUUGAAGGGUCUCUUUAUGAUGAUUACGAUCUGAUUGAUCCUCCCCUAAACUUUAAUCUGGAUUCUCAAGUUUCACAAAGAACUGAAGAAUUGAUACAUGACAUGUAUGGAAAGACAGUGUCUCUUCUUAGGGAGCACCAUGCAGCUUUGCUUAAAACUAUAAAGGUUCUUCUCAAUCAAAAGGAAAUGAGUGGUGAGGAAAUAGACUUCAUUUUGAACAAAUACCCUCCCCAAACACCUCUACAUCUUUUGGAGGAGGAAAUUCCUGGCAACCUUCCUUUCAUGAAAGAACAAGUGCCCGAUUUGGACUAUGCUAUACAAGCUCAAUCAAAGGGAGAAACCGUGUGAGUUCUCUCAAUCCUCUUCUAAAAUCAAGAUUUUGUUACUGGAUUUUCUGGUCAGUCAGUGGCUUCAGAUUUGGAAGUUGCACUUGGGCAAGAUUCCUCCAAGGAUGAUGCAAGAAGGGCUGCAUUCAAAGGUUAUAUUUUCAAUGGGAAAAGAAGUAUAUGCAUUUUGUUCAGCUUUAAAUUUCGUUCAUGCUAUUUGUAUUGUGUUGUGUUUUUUUUUUUGUAACUUUUCAUAGGCGUAUAUCUCUGUUGUAUUUAAAAAGAAUACUUUUUUUUUACAAGAUUUAAAAAGAUUAGUUGAAUGCAUUAUUUUAUUAAGCAAAUUGGCAUAAUUUACCAUAUGCCGAUCAUGCUUUCAAGGGAUGUUUGGUUGGAGGAGUCUUCUAAAAUUUGUUAUAAUUUUGACAAACGUAAAGAUGAAUUGUGAUGUUGGAUGUGUUUA